AUGUGGUCAAACUUAGAACAGAAUAUUCUUCUGGUGCGAUGUUUCAGUUCGAACACCAAAUCUGCCAAUUUCCCUCCGCACAUCAAUGUCUAUAUUUAUUCUGAACAGGCUGAUGUCAGUCAUGCAUACCAAUUGUUGCGACGCAACGGGAUACCUGUGGAAAAUAUCGUGACAAUCAUGUACGACGAUGUGGCAAAUUGUCCCGAUAAUCCCUUUCCGGGAAAAUUAUUCAACGAUUACGAGCAUCACGACGUCUACCACGAUGUUGUAGUGGAUUACCGAGGCGAGGACGUCACACCGGAAAAUUUUAUCGGUGUUCUGUUGGGUGAUGCAAAGUUGAAGAGUACCGGAAAGAAAGUUCUUGAAUCCGGACCAGAUGACGAUGUGUUCAUUUUUUUCACGGAUCACGGUGCUCCAAAUAUGAUCUGUUUCCCCAACAAAGAUGUCAUACUAGCCGUUACCGCAGCCAAUUCUCAUGAAAGCAGCAUGGGCUGUUUUUGUGACGACAAGCUGAUUGACACAUGUCUGGCUGAUGAAUAUUCGUACCGAUGGAUUACAGACUCCGAAAAGGCUGUGGAAUAUGGGACUGGCUCUCGUAAGAUGCACUUUAUCGACGAUUCCGUUCACCCGGUAGGCCAUUUGGCCUAA